AAGUAACCUAAUUAAUCAGAAUCGGUCCGUUGGUUCGGUCACGCUUUCUAAACUGUUUCAGUUUUUCUUUCUCCUUCGACAUCGAAUCCGAUAUAUCUGUCUCCCUUCAAAAGGAGAAUGUGAGGCGAAAUAGCUCAAUAGACACCGGACAAGAGAUUGAUUAAAUUUUUAUGAUGAAAGAAACAUAUCUUUCAUCCUUGAAGAAGGAGAAAAGAAAUCGUGAUUAUACACUUGUAGAGAGUACAGUUAAAGACAUACAUCUUGUCAGAGUGGAAUAAAAUUUUAUAAAAUAUAAAAUAUAAACACUCUCGGUUUAUUAUUGUUAUUAUUAUCUUUUUUAAUUUUUCCGAUGCUACGAAGAUACGGAGAGGCGAAUUUGACGUUAUCAGUACGAUAAAAAAAGUGCGAAUAACAGUCUGCCGCAUCCCGGAUGAUGUCAUCAAGUGUGUAUAUAGGAGAUUGAUCGAGCUGUCAGAUAUCAAGAUAGCGAACAGAUAGUGAGAGCUGUUUGUCGAUGUCAAGAAAAGGCACACGGACGACAUGUCCUUCCUUCGUGGCUCCGCCAACUACGUUUGGUGCACCACCAGCGUGCUUGGCAAGGGCGCGACUGGCGCGGUGUUCCAGGGUGUCAACAAGAACAAUGGGGAACCCGUCGCGGUCAAGACUUUUAAUCAGCUCAGUCAUAUGCGCCCUCACGACGUACAGGUGAGGGAGUUCGAGGUCCUCAAAAAGGUCAAACACGAGAACAUCGUCAAAUUGUUGGCGAUCGAGGAGGAGCAGGAUGGCAGGGGUAAGGUGAUUGUCAUGGAGCUCUGCACCGGCGGUAGUCUUUUCAACAUCCUGGACGAUCCCGAGAAUACGUAUGGUCUUGCGGAGAGCGAGUUUCUCCUGGUGUUGGAACAUCUGUCGGCUGGUAUGAAGCAUCUACGUGACAAUAAUCUGGUUCACAGGGACCUGAAGCCAGGUAAUAUAAUGAAAUUCAUCGCCGACGAUGGUAGUACGAUAUAUAAGCUCACAGACUUCGGGGCCGCUCGAGAAUUGCAAGAGGAUCAGCAGUUUGUUUCCUUGUACGGCACCGAAGAAUAUUUGCAUCCGGAUAUGUAUGAACGUGCGGUCCUGCGGAAGCCCGUUGGCAAAACGUUCGGAGCGACUGUCGAUUUAUGGUCCAUAGGGGUGACCCUCUAUCAUGUCGCGACGGGAAAUUUGCCGUUCAGACCAUUCGGCGGGCGUAGGAACAAGGAGACUAUGUUCUACAUCACGACGAAGAAGGCAUCAGGCGUAAUAUCCGGACUGCAAACUUCGGAAAACGGGCCGAUCGAGUGGAGCAGGGAACUGCCACAGACUUGUCAAUUGAGCGCAGGCCUGAAGAGGAUUGUGACUCCAUUACUGGCCGGCUUACUCGAAGUGGAUCAACAAAGAAUCUGGAGCUUCGAUCGAUUUUUCAGCGAAGUCACGGAUACGCUUUGCCGAAAACCCGUUCACAUAUUCAAUGUUCAUCGAGCCAGCCUGAUCAAGGUCUUCUUACAUCCGGAAGAGAAGCUGGUCGCUCUACAGAUACAUAUUCAGGAUCAGACCGAAAUUAUACCCCACGCGCAAAUCCUUCUUCUCGGGGAGGUGCCUCUCACGAAUUUCAUUGAGGAAUCUACGCCGGGUAAAGGAUAUCCCAACACCAGUAAUGAUAAACCGUUAAUGCUUUUCUCGCGAGAAAAUAAUAAUGUCGUGUUGCCAACGGAGACCGAGCUGCCCAAGUUCCCCGUCUUCGCAAAUCUCGUUUCCGUAGAGAAUGAUGCGAGUCAGGCCAAGGUCGCAUGCUCUGUAGGCCACGUUUGUAAACGUAGAAUCGACAAAUUAGCAUUGUGCAGUAAACUGUCGCGAGAUGCCAUAGAGGCAUUCGGUGGACUCUUAUCUACCGAACUCACCCGAGUAUUGGGAAAGUGUCAUCAUUCGAAGGAAUUUACAAAAGCAAUGGAGGAUACUAUAUUAGCAAUUGAAAGGAACGAGACUUUUGCUAGACAUGUCUUUCGGAAAUUCGGAAGUGGCAGUCAAACUGCGAUAGAAUUGAAAAAUUGGCGAAAAGAGUUGGAUGCAAAGAACAAAGAGCUUACCAGUGAAUUGACUCCAGCAAUAGUGCAGCUUCAUCAAAGAUAUGUGAAGGAGGGUAAUUUACGUGGAGAAUGGGACAAUAGUACUCGUGGCUUGUGCUGUCCGUGGGCGACGAAAGCGAGCCAAAGGGCAGCGACGUUAGUCGAUCGUUUGAGAGAUGGAUGGCAACACUUGCUGAGAGACAGAGCCACUCGUAGUCUCACUUACAACGACGAACAAUUUCACGUUCUUGAACGCAUAAAGGUCACGGAAACAGGACGUCGAUUGAAAGCGCUUCUCGAGACGGAAUGUGUACCAGCUAUGACGCAGCGGUCCGAGUGCGUCGCUGAUUGGUAUAAAAUGGCACAAACGGUGUUCCUGCAAACUCAGAUAUUAGACAAGGACAUAGAUGGUUAUGAACACGCGUUGGAAUCGUUUUCCUAUCGUUUAUCACAGGAAAGCAAGGAGCGUAACGAGAAUCUUUUGCACUCGUUGGACAGGUUACCCGGAAAAUUAAAAACAGUCGAAAAAACGAACGUGCCGGCACAGGAGAGCACCAAGAAAUGGCGCAAUAUUUGCGAUACGCAGGAACAAAUUGCACUGGUUCUUUAUGAAAAUAGUCUGCUCAUAGAUCAACUUGACAAUUUGUCAGUGAUUGAUAGAGUGGAAGAUAUAGACGAUUCGCAAUAUGAACUUUAAUAUGAGCAAUUUUGUCAUUUUCUCUAUCAAUCAUCCGACUAUACUUAUGAGAUGAAGACUGAAAAUUAGAGUGUAUAUAUUAACAGAAAAUCCGAGAUGUAUGUACGGGAUUGGUGCUGUAUAGAUUUGCUAAACUAAGUAAAGACAUGGUACGCAUUUUUUAUUUCUUCGAACGAAUAAAUGACUAUUUUACUUUAA